GUGCCUACCUGGGUGACUCAAGCUCACGGGGGACCUGGGAGCCCAGCUUUGCCAUCCAGGGGCAGAACCUCCUGCCGCUUGUACAUCUAGCGCUGUCAAGGCUGGGAGGAGGCCCCACACCAACCAAAAAAUUAACUGGAUUGUGAACACAGACAAACCUUGCAACCACAUUUCACAAAGCCUUCCUGUCUCUAGGGACAAACAUGGGAGGAAACCUGGGAAAAACUUUCGCUUUUGGGAGACGCUGCUUUCAGCAGUGGGAAAAAGUUUCUUACAUCUUCUUGUGCUGCACUACCAGGAUGGGAUCGUACCCGUUUUCUCAGCUAAGCACGGGCACUGAUGCCUAUUCCCGCAGCUGCCUGAAGCCAGUCCUGGAAGGCAACUUUCAAAACCCUGUCUCCCCCCAUCCUUGCACUGAUGGUCCAGAACUGGCUGUCCUGAGAUGGCUUGUUUGCUCAGCAGAUUCCUGAAACAGCCCGCUUUCACAAUCCCACAGCUUACGUGAUGCUCGUGGCACAAGAGUCGCUUCCUGGCAGAGGCUUGGCAUUUUGUAUUUGCUGAGCUCCUGCCAUGGGGCACAGAGGGAGGUUUUUGGGGUGGAGGGGAGGAGCUGUGACAAGGAGGACUUCUCAAAUAGCCAGUCCCUUGGGUGCAUGCCCUGCCUCCUCCCUGCCCUGCUCUCCCGUGGAGACGACAAGCGCACAGUAUUUUUGCCACCAACAUGAGGUUUGUCCUCCUGGCAUGUCUCUGGGCUUCCCUUGCAGGAGUCCUACUGGCAGAAGAUGUAGACACAAGCAAAUUUGAGAUCCGCCUGGUGGAUGGUGCCAAUAAGUGCUCUGGGAGAGUCGAGGUGCUUCACAAGGACGAAUGGGGGACCGUCUGUGAUGAUCACUGGGAUUUACGGGAGGCAAAGGUUGUGUGCAGGCAGCUGGGCUGUGGGACGGCGCUAUCGGCCCCUCGGGAGUCUAAAUACGGGGAAGGGAAAGGCCAAAUCUGGCUGAGUGACGUGAGCUGCAAAGGGACAGAAGCGUCCCUCGACGAAUGCAAGGCGAAGCCAUGGGGCGAGAACAUCUGCAACCAUGUAGAAGAUGCCAGCGUGGAGUGCUCAGGAACAGAAAUACCUGAGCCAGGGCCCAUCCGGCUGGUGGGAGGCCCGAACCGAUGUGCUGGCAGAGUUGAGGUACUUCAUGAAGACCAGUGGGGCAGUGUGUGCCAUGACGACUGGGAUCUAAACGAUGCCCAAGUUGUGUGCAAGCAACUGGGCUGUGGGGAUGCGGUGCUGGCCCCCAUUGGAGCCAAGUUUGGACGGGGAUUUGGCACCAUCUGGCUGGAUGAUGUGAACUGCACAGGGGUGGAAGCUGCUCUCUCUGAGUGCCCUGCGAGGCCGUGGGGGGACCACAAUUGUUACCACGGGGAAGACGCCAGUGCAGUUUGUUCAGACUCGGGGAUCACCGUCUCCACUUCAGUCCGCCUGGUGGGUGGCCCCAACCGCUGCUCUGGGAGAGUCGAGGUGCUUCACAAGGACGAAUGGGGGACCAUCUGUGAUGAUCACUGGGAUUUACGGGAGGCAAAGGUUGUGUGCAAGCAGCUGGGCUGUGGGACGGCGCUAUCGGCCCCUCGGGAGUCUAAAUACGGGGAAGGGAAAGGCCAAAUCUGGCUGAGUGACGUGAACUGCACAGGGACAGAAGAGUCCCUAAUCGAAUGUGAAGCAAAGCCAUGGGGCGAGAACAUCUGCAACCAUGUAGAAGAUGCCAGCGUGGAGUGCUCAGAGGUGGACAUUCCUGAGGAAGGGCCGGUCCGGCUCGUGGAUGGCCCGAACAAGUGUGCUGGGAGAGUCGAGGUGCUUCACGAGAACCGGUGGGGCAGCGUGUGUGACGAUGACUGGGACAUGAAGGACGCCAAGGUGGUGUGCAAGCAGGUGGGCUGCGGGUCACCGCUGUCAGCUCUGGGAGGUGCCCGCUAUGGGCGAGGACCUGACAUCAUCUGGCUGGAUGAUGUCAAAUGCAACGGGACAGAAGAGAGCAUCUUUGACUGUCAGGCCAGGCCAUGGGGUGAACACAACUGCUAUCACGGAGAGGACGCUGAUGUUGUUUGUGCAGUUAACAAGAACCUGGAGGACCCAGAAGCGUCGUGAGUGCCAGGCUGGCCCUACUGGACCAUGCUCGCCUUGCCACAGGAAAAUGGGCCAGCAAGAUUCAGCUGAGAAGCAAAGGGCAGGGAUGUCACAGAACCAUCAGUGUGCCAUAACAGGACCCAGGGUUUGGCAAAACCAUUCCCUCUCAUCCUUUGAAGGAUCUACAAACUUGGUUAGUACUGCACUGAUGGAAAACCCAUCUCAACACAUUAUUCCCACUGAAAAGCAAACAUCACAAAGUAUCAAUAAAG